GGAGCCGUGGCCGCCGCCAUGUCCCACCAGACCGGCAUCCAAGCAAGUGAAGAUGUUAAAGAUAUAUUUGCCAGAGCCAGAAAUGGAAAAUACAGACUUCUAAAAAUAUCUAUUGAAAAUGAGCAACUUGUGAUUGGAUCUUGUAGGCAGGCUUCAGAUUCCUGGGAUAAGGAUUAUGAUUCCUUUGUUUUACCCCUGUUGGAGGACAAACAGCCAUGCUAUAUAUUAUUCAGGUGAGAUUCUCAGAAUGCUCAAGGAUAUGAAUGGAUAUUCAUUGCCUGGUCUCCAGAUCAUUCUCAUGUUCGUCAAAAAAUGUUGUAUGCAGCAACAAGAGGAACUCUGAAAAAGGAGUUUGGAGGUGGCCACAUUAAAGAUGAAGUAUUUGGAACCGUAAAGGAAGAUGUAUCAUUACAUGGAUAUAAAAAAUAUUUGCUGUCACAAUCUUCCCCUGCCCCAUUGACUGCAGCUGAGGAAGAAUUACGACAGAUUAAAAUUAGUGAGGUACAAACUGACGUGGGUGUGGACAGUAAACAUCAAACACUACAAGGAGUAGCAUUUCCUAUUUCUCGAGAAGCUUUUCAGGCUUUGGAAAAAUUAAAUAACAGACAGCUCAACUAUGUACAGUUGGAAAUAGAUAUAAAAAAUGAAAUUAUAAUUUUGGCCAACACGACAAAUACAGAACUAAAAGAUUUGCCAAAGAGGAUUCCCAAGGAUUCAGCACGUUACCAUUUCUUUCUGUAUAAACACUCCCAUGAAGGAGACUAUUUAGAGUCUAUAGUUUUUAUUUAUUCAAUGCCUGGAUAUACUUGCAGUAGAAGAGAACGGAUGCUGUAUUCUAGCUGCAAGAGCCCUCUGCUAGAAAUCGUAGAAAGACAACUACAAAUGGAUGUAAUAAGAAAGAUUGAGAUAGACAAUGGGGAUGAACUGACUGCAGACUUCCUUUAUGAAGAAGUACAUCCCAAGCAGCAUGCACAUAAGCAAAGUUUUGCAAAACCAAAAGGUCCUGCAGGAAAAAGAGGAAUUCGAAGACUAAUGAGAGGUCCACUACUGAUUAAAAUCAUUAUAUUAAAUGUUGCAAUACUCGUUUUUUAA